CCCAGACUACACGUCGUUCAUCGACAAUCCUUUAUAAGGACAUCCCUCUUUCAGUCUCCUUCUAAAUACCACAAUUCCCACAUAUCGCGAAAGAUCAUUGAAACCAGUGUUCGACAACAUGGCGCACGAUCAACAUACAGCUCAUUCUUUUAUUGGGUCUGAAACGUGGCAUAUUCCUACGCCUUCUGCAUCUUCCGCAGAUACCACACAGAACGCUUCGAGGAACGAAAUCUCACAAUCUUCUAUCCCAUGGCCUGGGCGAGCCUUCAUCAUUCGAUCUCGCAAAAACGGACAAGUCAUCACAUUCUUAGACGGCGAGGUCGUAAUGGAUAAUAUAGGAGGGCUUGGCACUUUCAGGUGGCGGUGCGUUGAGGAAAAAGGUUGGUUAGGGUUUAAGGAUCCAGCUUCUGCGCACUGUCUUGGUUAUCAAGAACAUGGAAUUCUGUUUUGCAGAUUCCCUCAUCAUCGAAAUAACGAACGCAUAUUUCCCCGAAUGCGCCCAGAAGGUGGGUACGUUCUGCUAGUACGUCACGAUGACCAUCUUCGCCCCUUGGGCGUAUUUGCGAACGAAUCCAAGAAUGGGCCCAAACAGAAAGUUAAGAUUAUGGAUUGGAGCUCUGAGGACAUUGUGUGGGAUUUUAUUGAGGUACCAGUUCAAAAAUAAUGGCGGCUACUAGGGCGGAUCUGCCAAUAGAAAUGCGUGCAUUGUUGGAUAACAUCACACCAGUGCAGCCACCUAUUUGUAUGUGAUGAAGAAGGAGCUGAACCUUGUCUAUAUCUACCAUGACGUUGUGCCCAACAUCCCAAACUGCAAAUUCCAUAAGUACCUCAUAAUCAUCGCGGCUGCAAUAUGCCUACCUAUUGUAUUAAUUUUACUCUUCAUGCCACA